GCGUGUCCGACUUCCGCCCUCUUCCAAGAUGGCGGCGCCCUUUGUCCGGUUGUAGCUGAAUGAGGAGCCUCCGCCGCUCCGGGAUGGCAGCCAUGGAUUUCCCGCAGCACAGCCAGCUGGUCCUGGAGCAGCUCAACCAGCAGCGUCAGCUCGGCCUCCUGUGUGACUGCACCUUCGUGGUGGACGGCAUCGACUUCAAGGCGCACAAGGCGGUGCUGGCGGCGUGCAGCCAAUACUUCCGCAUGUUGUUCCUGGAGCAGAAGGACGUCGUCCACCUGGACAUCAGCAACGCAGCCGGACUGGGUCAGGUUCUGGAGUUCAUGUACACGGCGAGACUGAACCUGACGCGGGAGAACGUGGAGGACGUCCUGGCCGUGGCCGGCUUCCUGCAGAUGCAGGAGAUAGUGAACGCAUGCACGGCCCUGAAAUCUCUGAGUAUCGGCGCAGUACCGGCGACCCACAGCCUGGAGGCGCUCUCCUCUCCACAAGCAGAAGUCACCCAGCCGGAGGGCGAGUACCCCGCUCCUGCUCUGGGCAGCGACACUGUCAUGGAGUCCAGCGGUGCCGGGCAGUCUGUGUACGUGGAGGGUGAUGGAGUCAGUGAAGAAGGUGAAGGGACGUACUUUUUCCGCACCCCUCCCAGUCACGUACUUUUUCCGCACCCCUCCGAGGGACGUACUUUUUUCGCACCCCUCCGAGGGACGCACUUUUUCCGCACCCCUCCGAGGGACGUACUUUUUCCGCACCCCUCCCAGGGACGAGGCAGUCAGGGCACCCGGGAAGAGCAAGGGGCCCAUGUGCCGCAGGAGGAGGGGGCGGUGUCUGCAGCAGGGGGAGGGGAUAACAGACAGGCAAUUGGCGAUGUGAUGGCGCAGGAGGCGUGGCCUUCGUCUGUCCAGGGGAAGAGCGACGGCACGACCGCGCGCAAAUCACAAACCAAAGAGCAGGAAACCCCGCAGGGGCAAGAGAAGCUUCCGGCGGAGCCUGCGGCAGAGCACACCGGCCCGGAGACGAGCAUGUCCCCUCGCCAGAGCAGCCCGGAGUCCGGAAUAACCAUCAACGAGGCCGGGAUGGAGGACGGGGAGGGCGAGGACGAGAACCAAUCCGCCAACAAUAAUACCGAUCAAGAGGAUCCCGGCACGCCGCGGCGCGCCGCCAAUUACGCCGACCGGACCGAGUCCAGACAGUACAGCUCCACUACGCAUGUGUGCGAGGCUCGGUCGUUUGGGUUGGGCUCGGUCGCUGGGUUGGGCUCGGUCGUUUGGGUUGGGCUCGGUCAAAAAAAAACUGGCAACUACACGCGGCACAUCCGCAUUCACACCGGCGAGAAGCCGUACCGCUGCCAGGAGUGCGACAAAGCGUUCUCCGACCCCGCCGCCUGCAAGGCCCACGAGAAGACGCACAGCCCCCUGAAGCCUCACGGCUGCGACGACUGCGGCAAGAGUUACCGUCUGGUGAGUCUGCUGAACCUGCACAAGAAGCGGCACUCGGGGGAGCCCGCCUACUACUGCAAGGUGUGCGGCAAACUCUUCACCACGUCCGGCAACCUCAAGAGGCACCAGCUGGUCCACAGCGGCGAAAAGCCGUACCAGUGCGAGUAUUGUAACCGGCCGUUCUCCGACCCCACCUCCAAAAUGCGUCACCUGGAGACGCACGACACCAACAAGGAGCACAAGUGCCCGCACUGCGACAAGAAGUUCAAUCAGGUGGGUGGAGCCGGCGCCGUGGUGCCGCCAUGUGUGUGGUGCCGCCAUGUGUGUGGUGCCGCCAUGUGUGUGGUGCCGCCAUGUGUGUGGUGCCGCCAACCUAAUCAUACCGGACCCCGAGAUCUGGAAGGACCACAAUUAUUCCACGGCUCCCUGCCACCAAUCAGGUUCGUCCAGUCCAGUCAGCUGGCCAAUCACAUCCGUCACCACGACAACAUCCGGCCGCACAAGUGUAAAAUCUGCAACAAGGCCUUCGUCAACGUGGGCGACCUGACCAAACACGUCAUCAUUCACACAGGUGAGAAACCGUAUCUCUGCGACAAGUGCGGCCGCGGCUUCAACCGCGUGGACAACCUGCGUUCCCACGUGAAGACCGUCCACAAGGGGAAGGCCGGCAUGAAGAUGGUGGACCAGGAGGACGACGACGGCGAGGACGACGAGGUGGUGGAUGAAGACGAGGUCAACAUCGUGACCGUGGGCCCGGAGGAGAUGAUCACCCUGGCGACGGGCGAUAUCGCCAACGCCGGGGUCACCGAGCUGACCGUUGUUCCCAUCUCGGCCUCGGUGACGGCGGAUGAGACGGAAGCGCUGAAAGCCGAGAUCAGCAAAGCGGUGAAGCAGGUGCAGGAAGCAGAUCCCAACACGCAGAUCCUGUACGCAUGCGACUCCUGCGGCGACAAGUUCCUGGACGCCAACAGCCUGGCGGAACACGUGCGCAUGCACACGGCUCAGGCCCUGGUCAUGUUCCAGUCGGACACGGACAUUUACCAGCAGUACAACACGCAG